CCCUAGAUUCUUCAUGUGAAUAAUUUCAUUUAAGACAUCAAGAUAUGUAAUUUGUUGUAACUGGGUUUUUUUUUCUUUGUAGUGGAAAGCAUCAAAUACUUCUGCUAUAAUGGACAACGAACUAAAGUGUGUUUUUGGAUGGCCAGCCAACCAGCAAGCUCCUGCACCUGCCUCACAAGAAAAGGUAUCAACAAGGGAUUUAGAUACAGUGGUCAAGGAAUGCAAGCGACUCAGGAGAGAGGUUGGCAGCUUACGAGCAGAAAACACACAACUAAGGACAGAGGGCGUGAGGCAGCGAAGAUUUGAGGGAGAACAACACAUGCUACCUACCACCAUGAUCAUCCUGGCAACCUUCUUCAUGGGUUUCGUCGUUGGCAAAUAUGUCUUCUGA